AUGGCGAAAGGAUCAUCCUCCAUACACAAGGUUCGAGCGGCUUCACCGGCCAAACAUGUAGAGGACGAUUACCUGGAGAGUGAUUCCGAGGUAGAUGAAUUUGCGGACGAUUACGAUUCACAGGAGGACGAUCAAGGCGAACAAUUCGGAUCUGACGGGGAGGAAGAAGAAGAAGAAGAAGGUACAGGUAGAUGGGAAGCUGAUGAUUGGGAUGAGAAUGAUGGUGAUAAUAGCGAUAGCGAGGGAAGUAGUCAGAAUGAGAGCGAUGGUGAUGAAGAUGACGAGGAGGAUAUGCAAUUGAAACGAUUGCAGAAUGACCUUACCUCACUUCCAUUAUCGACAUUGGCCAAAGCUCAAAAAUCAUUAUCACCCUCCGCCAAACAACGAUCAUCUUCUUCCUCAUCAACAUCAUCGAAAGAGGAUAAACUUUUAGCUAUUAAAGCGAGAUUGGCGCAAUUACAGAAAGGUAAAGGGAAGGCUGUGGCAGUGGAUCCUUACUCUGGAUCAUCCACCAGACAGGAAGAUGAUGGAGCAAGUGAUGGCGAUAGUGAUAGUGAUAGUGAUAGUGGUCCUGAACAAGGUAGUACAAAGAGAGGACACAAGCAUGCACCGACUGCAAUGAGUACGAAGAAGCAAGUAUCAAGGAACCGACAAGUCGUAGACGUACAUAAACCUCAACGACGUGAUCCUCGAUUCUCCUCUGUUUCAGCAGGGAAUCUCGAUGCCCAUCUCCAUUCAGCUUCUUACUCAUUCUUACCAUCAAUAUUAAAAGAAGAACUAUCAUCGCUGAAAACCGCUUUAGCUCAAGCCCAGAAGAUAGAAAGAACUUGUCCAUGGGCUGAAAAGGCAGCCAGGACAGCCGAGAGGGAGAAGAUCGAAUUGGACUUGGGCAGGGUGAGAACGAGGUUGGUGAAAUCUCAGAACGAAGAGAGGGAGAGGAACGUGUUGGCGAGGAUGAAGAAGGAAGAGAGGGAGAAGAGAGAACAAGGAAAGGGAGCUUGGUUCAUGAAGAAGAGUGAGAAACGUGAUUUACUUCUUAAAUCCAAAUUCGAGUCACUCGAGGCGCAAGGUGGUAAAUCCGCUGUCAAGAAAGCCAUGGAGAAGAAACGUAAGAAGAUUGCUAGAGGUGCAAGGAAAAGACAGAGGGUAUAG